GUUGAAUACAUAACAAACGAAGGUUCGUGCCUAGACUCUAGUUCUCAACGGUCUGCUAUGCUGAGAAAGACGUUCUCUGUCCUUUGUCGAAGCCGUUUACUUUUGCACCCUUCUGUUUGUCAACCUUUUUGCGACAUGACUCCUGGUGUCGAAUCCCCUGCCAAGAGGCAAAAAAUGGAGGUAAACGGCAUGGGUGAUGCUGUAGUGGAACCCGUUUUGCAAUUUAAAAGACUUAACGAUGCCUUCGCUCCUGUUCGAGGCUCUGAUCAUGCGGCGGGUUUCGACUUGUUCAGUAAUAAGGACAUGGUUGUACCAGCCAAGGAUAAAACCUUAGUUCCUACCGACCUCCAAAUCGCUCUUCCUGAAGGUUGCUAUGGUAGGGUAGCUCCAAGAUCAGGGUUAGCAUUAAAGAAGUUCAUCGAUGUCGGAGCUGGUGUUAUUGACAGGGACUACAGAGGAGAGGUAUUUGUUCUACUUUUCAACUUCUCAGAUACUAACUUUGAAGUGAAGAGAGGAGACAGGAUAGCCCAGUUAAUCUGUGAAAAGAUCUUCAUGCCUACCUUAGUUGAACGUGAGACUUUAGAGGAGACCAAGCGAGGAGAAGGGGGCUUUGGUUCUACAGGGUCAAAUUAAUUAGCACUGACUUCAAACAUAGUUACCUCAGCAGUAUAAUGUCAUGAAAGCCAGAAACCAGUCUGGAGGAGACAAUAAGCUGGAAAUGUUGGACAUUACUCCACAGAACGAUUCCAAACGAGUGGUAGCACGUUUUGCUACACAUUUCCACGGCAUAGAAUAGUGUUACAUGUAUUUUCUGUAAUUUUAUACACCAUUAUGGUCAGGUGAUAAUCAUUUGGAAAUGAUAAAUUCUGACAUCAAAGGCUCACUUAUAUAAAAAGAAAAUUGUUAUCAAUUUCAAAGAAUGAAUGUCUUCCAUUAUUCAUGCUUAAAGCCAAUGACGACUUUGAAAGCUUAAGUUGUUUUGUGCUCUUUGUAGUAAUAUCAUAUAUGUUUAACCAUAAUGAAUGUAUAAACAAAAUUUUCAAAAAAUGACAAAGGUGCCUGUUCUCCCAGGUAACAGGUGGCAUAGUUAAAUUUUGCUGCAAUCCCCAUUGAUUUACAUGUAAAAAUAUUCUUUGUGCGAGCGCGGAUACCAUACAGUGUGUUUGACAGCAAGAACACCAAAAAUUCCAUGAAAUUCUCUGUAACAAUAUUUGAAGACUACCUGCAAGUUAUCAACACAGACCUCGAUAGCUCCAGAGGUUUUACGCUGGUGCUAGACAGAACAACAGUUCUCUAUACAGGAAGAAGUCAAUGUUAAUUAUUAGAUUCGGACUUCAGCGUUAUUUCCUCAAUUCUAAGAAUGUGGAGAUUAUUAAGCAUGAAAUUUUUUUUUCAGCUUAAACAAAAUGGAAAGGGAAAUGUGACUCACAAACCAGCUAUCUCACAAGAAGACAUGGAAAAAUCCAAAGUUCGCUUGAUUUGGAUAAUUCACUAGGUCUUCAGGACAAGGCAUUUAUUAAUGUUAUAUUGUAUUUUUGCAAAUGUGGGAGAAAGAAUUUGCGCGAAAUGACACUUGACAGCUCUGAAAUUUGUAAGGUAGGGGGGAAAAUGCUACAUAACUCUCAAAGAUACAUUCACAAAAAACAACAGUGCAGUUAAACUAGAGAAAAGUCAAGUUGGUUUCAUGACUCCAACUAAUGGUCCACAAUGUCCUGUUGCUUCCUUCUUGCGCUACAAAGAUAAAUUGAAUCCCAAUGUAAGUGGUUUUGGCAGAGACCGGCAAAGCCCAAGCGUGAGUUGAAUCCAUCUUGUUCUGGUCCAUGGUACUGUAUUAAAUGCACCCCUAGGGAAAAACACCAGAGAAAAGAUGAAAACAUUUACAUCUCGUGCAGGUACCAAAGCGAACACCAACCAUUGCCUAAGGGCAACCAGCAUCAGUACCCUACAAAAUGCAGGGUUCCGAGAUCAUGAGUGGCAGCUGUUGAUCCGCAAUCAGUACCAUCAUCAUCGACAUUCACUGGUGGCACUGUUAAAAAGCGUAGGAACGCCGAGAAUAUAUCUAUACUAAUAAACAUUGUUAUAUAAAUCAAAGAAUGUAUAGUUGCAUGUAAAUACAGUAGGAUUUGUUUAUUUCGCUUGCUAGACAAAGCCUUGUUUUAUUUAUUGUAAAUCUGAUAAAUGGUUGCAAGGAUAAUAUCUUAGUGUUUCGCUCAAAAACAGAUCUGCUGCGCUGUAUUUGUUGCCCUCUUGAGGUGAAAGUCUUCCAGGAUGUAUACACUGUUGUGUGCCGGGCAGAAAGGCCACAAAGUGCAUGGACGUCCGUUGCUAUAAAUACGCAAUUCAAGUUUAUGACCUUCCUUUCAUUACAUCUGCACAACAAAUUUUUACUCAAUGCAUCGUCUUAAUUGUGAACAAUUAUUUUAAUUAAUAAAUUCUUCUUUUGUCUUCAGUUUAAACAAAAAAAUAACAGGAGGCUAAUAGACCAAAGGAUCAGCCCUUCUGCUGGAACAAACAGCAAAAUGGGCAUGUCUUUUAGCUUGUAUUGCAGCAAUCAAGUUGCAUUUGUAUGCAUAUUCAUAGAAUGCAAUUACUCUAUGUAAGUAGGUCUGUAUUUACUGGUCAAUGUUGAUAUUGAAAUUUACCUUAUUGUUUUAGUAUCAUGUUGAUAUGAGUCUGUUAACCUUGAUAUGAAAAAAGUACUAUGAAUGGUAUCAUAGAAUGGCAUUACAUGGUGCACUAUUGCGGAAUUUUGGCAUCUCAUGAUUUAGUUUCUAUACAUGUAUUCAGUAUUUUUUUCAUUCAGUAUGUAAAUAACAGCAGUUAAACAACUUUCA